CAUUCCUCAAAAUUCAAAUCACUACAAAACCCAGACCCAAAACCAAACCUUACUUACUAGACCACCUCGUCAGAUCGGAGAGGGAGACCAAUGGCGAAUCUGCCGGCCAUUAUCCUCCUCCUCCUUCUCAUCACCCUCACCGCCUCCUCCUCCUCUGCCGCACCCGCCCCUUCCCCCGUCACCAAGUACGUCAACCACACCGUGGGCGGGUCCAUCGGGUGGUACUUCAACUCCACCUCCAACACUUCCUUCACCAACUACUCCUCCUGGGCUGCCUCCCAGACCUUCAACCUCGGCGACUAUCUCAUUUUCAACACGGAGAAUCAGACGGUGAUUGAUACCCAGAAUGCGACGGCGUACCGUAUCUGCACAGCUGACGACACGUCUGACGAGGGCACCUUCGUGUGGGGGGACAACUCUUUGGGGAAGAAGACGAUUGUGGUGCCGUUGGUGACCGAGGGUGCCAACUACUACUUCUCCGGCAACGGCGACGGGGAACAAUGCCAGCAAGGCAUGGCGUUCGCUAUCGAAGUCGGCCACGGCCUCGGCUUGCCUCCCAUUCUCAACCAGCCUCCACCUCCGCCGUACACGCCGCCUCCGGCUUUUUCGCCGCCCGGAUCCGUUGACGGAACUAAUAGUGGAUUCAGAACCGGCGCUGGUACAAUGGGGUUAUUAGUAACGUUUAUGAUGAUUCUCAUUGCGUGAGACUGUGAGAGGUUUUGGGGUACGAUUGGUAAUUCUGUUGUUGUAUGCUAGAUUUGUAAUUGCUGUCACAAACCAUGAAACCAUGAUCAGUUACCCAGAUUUGAUUCAUUUAACGUUUUACAGAUCCUUCUUUACCUUUAAUUUGUUCUGGUCAUUUGUAAAUUACGUAACAUUUGAAUUAGCUACAAGCUUACAAUGUCUAGAAUUUGGAAAACCCUCUCAAAUACUGAGAAAGAAAUCUAUCUGAUAAAGAGAUCCCAUAAAAUCACUAGUUGAUGAUGAUGGCGUCUCCUUGCAAGCAUGACCAUAGCAAGUGGAAAGGAGCACUGAGUUUGAGAGUUAGAGCCACCCCAGAAAGGCAGAAACUAACUGCGAGCAAUCGGAAGAUAAAUGGAAGCCAGCUGCAGAUGGAGCUUUCGAACUCAAUGUCGAACGGGCUUUCUUGCCAUACCACACUAAUGAGGAACUGGUCGAUCGUGUUCUGCCAUGAUAGCACUGGAAAAUUGGUAGCUGCUUUGCUCGUUCAGUUGCACACACUGCUUCACCGAAAACAGGAAGAGCUACUUGUUCGAGUUGGUUUGGAGUUUGGACCUUCUGUUUUCUUGAGACAUUAAACACAGAUUUAAAUCACUUGUGCACUCGCUCUUGAUCUCUAGUAGCUCACAGGCUUGCUAGCAUACGUUUUGAAUCGACAAAACUUCAUGCUGCGCGCCUCGUUGAUGUACUUGAACA